CCCCAGGCAGCAGCGGCAGCACCAGCAGCCGCAGCCGAGGUUGGGGGAGCCACAGCUGAAGCCGCAGCAGUGGCAGUAGCAGCACCUGGGUGUGUGGGAGGCGGCGAGCAGCACCGAAACCACCACCACACAAGCCACGAGCCAGCAUACAGUAGCAGGGAGUCGGCUGCCGCUGCUGCUGCUGUUGGUGGCGGUGAUACAGCACCAGGAGCGGGACUGGGGCCUGAGGCUGUGAUGCCGGGUGGGGAGCCUUCUUCUUGGGCUUGUGCUGCCGCAACCGGGGCCGCCAUGCCGUGUGGGGAGCAGACCGGGGCCGCGGCCGCGACCGGAGUUGAUGCUCUGGGUGAGCUGGAGGAGCGGCGGCUGCAGGUGCAGUCGGGUGGGCUGACAGCCGGGGAGGUGCAGGUGCGGCAAGCACCGCAGCAGCAGCAGGUAGCGGUCAUGGCGGCGGCGGCGGAGGGCGGCCGAGAGCAGCAGCCCUUGUUACCACCGCUGCAGCCGGCACCGCACCCGCAACAGCAGGGAGCCCAGGGGAGACACGGAGCCGGCGGCUUGGCAGCAGCACCCGCAGCAGCAGCGGGAGCUGCAACAGGACACGCAGCAGCGAGUGUGGGAGCAGGUGCAGGUGUGGGAGCAGGUGCAGCACCCGCAGCAGCACCCGUGGUGGCAGCACCCGCACCCGCACCCGCAGCAGCAAUAGGCUCCGGGGCUGCUGCUAGUGGUGGUGGCGGCAGUGGCAGUAACGGUGGUGGUAUUGUUGUCACUGGUGGUGGCAGUGGCGCCAGCCGGGUCCAGCGGGAGUUGCUGGAGGAGGUGUUGGGGUGCGGCAGCUGCCGCAGUCUGCAGCGGCUGCUGGCACUGCACCGGCACAGGCUGGGGCCCAAGCUGCUUAGCGCGGCAGUGGUCCACCUGAGCCGCCUGGUGGACGAAGAUCCCCCGUACGGCGACUUCGAACGACAAAUCGUUGCCGUACUUUUGGACGAUCUCACCAUGUGUCUGAGGCCUGUCGUACGGCAACUCACGCUAAAGCAGUUGGCGUCAACCGUCUGCGCGCUGAGUAAGCUGCGGGCGUACGACGGACCCUUGUUGCGGGCGGCGGCGGCGGUGGCGGCGGAGCGGGCGAGUGAGCUGACGACGCGGCAGGGGGCGGGGCUGAUGUGGGCGUUUGCGAGGUACCGCCGGGACUUCCGACUGGCCCUCCCGCGCAGCUGGGUGCCCUGCCUGCUGGGCGGGCUGCUGCCCCGCCUGCCCGCCGCCUCGCCGCCCGAGCUAGCCAUGAUGCUCUACGGCACCGCCCUGCUAACACAUGGUGGUGAUGGUGAGGAGGAGGAGGACAACAGAAAUAACAGCACUGUUCGGGGUGCAGGGGCUCCUGCAUGUGCUGCGACUGCCACAGCUGCUGUCGUAUCCCCACACGAGCAGCUAUCAUCACAGCAGCAACAUCACCAUCCCCAGCAGCAUCAACAACCGCAGCAGCACCCACAGCAGCAGCCGACGUUGUUGCCACCUCAGCAGCUCCAGCACCCGCAGCCUCAGUACCAACAGCAGCAGCAGCAGCAUCCCGGUGGUGGCCCAGUGCCCUCCGAAACCACCACGGACCUGACGCCCCUCCUAACGCUCCUGCUGACCGCCUGCUACAGCCGCAUGGGUCAGUUUUGCGGUCGGGAGCUCGCCAUGAGUAUUUGGGCGCUGUCGGUGCUGGACCUGAACCCGGGUCCGGUCUGGCUUGCGGCUUUCCUCCGGCGUUGCGAGGCCGCCACCCGGACCUUCACAACGGGGUCCGCGGUUGCCAACGUAUUGUACGGCCUGGCGAUCUUAGGUCAGCGACCCAGCGGGCUGUGGAUGUCGCACUUCCUGUGGCAGGCGCAGCGUCGGAUGAACAGCAUGAACGCGCAGGCGUUGACCAUGCUUGCAUGGGCGCUGGGUCGCAUUCGCUACCGACCCGACCGUCGGUGGCUGCUUGCCUUCCUGCGCUACACGCAGGCGGUGGUGUUGCAGCGGCGAAGGGAGGCCGCACUGCCGGGCGACACGCGCGAGCAGCGGCUGCUGUGUCGCGCCGCCGAACGGGCGGAGCAGCAAUUCUGGUUGCAACAGCAGCGGCGGCUGCAGCGGCGGCAGCAGCAGGGGUUGUCCCCGGCCGCUGCUGCAGCAGCAGCACCCCUGCUGCCCGGACAAGCCUACAACAACCUCAUCUGGGGCCUAGCCCGCCUCGGAUACAGUCCUCCCGGGUCCUGGUUACAAUCCUACUGCGCUGCCGUACAACCCCACCUGGCCUCCUUACCUCCCGGCGAGCUCCCCACCUUGUUAUGGAGCCUAGCCAAAUUCUCCCUGCUGCCGCCCGAGGACUGGAUGCUGGACUGCUGCAUGGCUCUUCGAGCCGGGCUGCCCCGCUUCCGUCCCGCGGACUGCGUGUUGAUCCUGCGAGCCAUGGGCAAGAUGUGCUCGGCGCUGGGCUACCAGCCGGCGGCAGACGGGCAGCUGCUGGAUGCCCUGGCUCGCAAGGUGCAACCGUACCACGGGCGGCUGCAGGUCACCACGCUGGUGUCGUUGGUGAUGGCCACGGCGGCGGUGGGGUGCGCGCCGCAGGGGGCGAUGCCGCCGGUGCGGCUGGCAGCUGUGCUGAAUGCGCUGUUGGUGCGGGUGCGGCCGCCGCCGCCGCCGCAGCAGCAGCAGCAGUCGCUGCAGCUGCAGCAGCCUCACCACCACCACUCGUUGCCUGCUCUUCCUCAUUCGACUGCUAUUCCGCAGCAACAGCAGAAACAGCAGUUGGAACAGCUGCGGGACGUGUCGGCGGGUGAGGGCGGCGGCGGUUCAGCAUGCAGCGGUCGGGUUGAAGACGGCAGCAUCAAGGAAGAAGACAGCGACGUCGUACCGCCGUCGGUAACGGCCGCUUCGCCGCCACCACCCCCACCACCGCCACCGCCAGUCCUGCUCACCGCGCGUCAGUGCGUCAACGCAAUCUACGCCGUCGGCUGUGCAGCCCGCCGCGGCGGCAGCUACAACACCAUUCGUCGGCUGUGCGGCCUCCUGCUCCGGGAGCUCCUCCCCCGGGCCGAGCAGCUCUCCCUAGAGCUCAACUCCGCAGACCUGGUCAUGCUGCUGCAGGGCGUGGUGGCGGCACGACUGCGGCCGCACCCCGAGUGGCUGCGUAGGCAUGAGGCCCGGGCUCGGCAGCGGCUGGCGGCGGGCGCGAUGACUCCUCAGCUGCUGAUGAAGCUGCACCAGGGGUAUGCAGCGCUGGGGUACGUGCCCCGGGUGCUGCCAGGGCUGAGUGAGGGCGCGGCGGCGGAGCUGGCGGCGGAGGCGGAUGCGCGGGAGGAGAAGCGGCGGCGGCGGCAGGAGCUGUUGUCGCGGUGGGCGAGGCGGGCGGAGGUGCGGGCGAUGAAGGAGGUGAAGAAGGAGGAGCGGCGGCAAGGGAAGAAGGAGAAGAGGGAGGAGCUGCUCAGGAAGCAGCUGCUAAGGAAACAGGCGGAGCAGGAGAGGCGGCAGCAGAGGGAGCUGGAGAAGCGGCUGAAGAAGGAGCAGAGGGAGCAGCAGCUGCUGGGCAAGCGGGGGCCGAGGCGGAAGCAGCAGCAGGGCGCUGCGCAGCAACCGGAGGAGCAGCAGCAGCAGGUCCUGGCGCAGGUGCCGGCGCAGGAGCAGCAGCCGCAGCCGCAGGUGGCAGAGCAGCAACCUGAGCAGCAGCAGAUGCUGGCUGGGGUAUCCGCGCAGGAGCAGCAGCAGCGGGAGCAGCCACAGGAGCAGCAAGGGCAGCGGAAGAAGCGGAAGCCGAAGCGGGCGCAGGUAGCAGGGCAGCAACUGACGGAGGAGCAGCCUGGGGUGGGGUUACCACUGCUGCAGGAAGAGCAGGAGCAACAACCGGAGCAGCAGCAGUCCGAGCAGCAUGAACAACAGCCACCGCAGCAGCAAAAGCUGUCAAAGAAGCGGAGGUGGUGUCCGCCGGAGGCAGCCCAGCAGCAGUAGGGAGGAAGCCCAGCUGAGGGUGGUGGGGUUGCCGGGGUGCCUUGUUGCGGGCGUGGGCGCAUGCAGCAGCAGUGUGUGUCGCGUUGCGUUUUUCCGUUUCCGCGUGGCUAGCGAGACACAGAGACAGGCGUGUUACGGUGUUAGUUUUGGAAGGGGGAAGGGGAACGUCGCAGAGGUUGGAGAGAGAGAAGUAGGUUAGGCCGCAGGUGUAGCUAGCCAGCCAGCCAGGAUUAGCUAAACAGAGACAGUUGACGUGUGGAUGUGGGUAGUUGACAACGCCACAGAUCUGGGAUGCCUAAAUUAUGAGGGAGGUGUUGUAAGGGCUGAGAGCAUGUAGUGCGAGGACGCUUGCAGGUUGCGGGUGGUGCCUAAUCUAGAUUAGCAGGUGCGUUGUGCGUUAGCGAAGGUUCCUAGGGUGAAUACCGGUAUGGUAGUACUCCGCGCGGCGCGGAAUGAAGGGGUAGGCACGAGGGAGACGGGGAGGAGAGAGAUGGGUUGCCGAGAUGACGCGAUAUGGGCUGCGCUUUCCUGUUGAUAUGGGUUGCGCUGCCCCUGAAUGGGUUAUAUGCAGAGCGAGGUGAGAGUCAGAGGAGGUGGUUUGGUAUUUGACUUGAGAAGUGUACACAUUGCGCUUCCUUGUGCUAGCAGAGUGUGCGCGUGUGUGGAGGGAUUGUAGAGAACGAAAGAAGUGUGCUAUAGUGCAUUGCAACCUUCUUGGCUCGGGCAUGCGUCACAGUUUUAAC